GUGAGGCGAGAGAGUCCCUUUGCUACGAGUACAGCGGUUGGCAGAUUACUGAAUCACAGAUGCGAUCCGCUCCGGGGCAUCCCUGAGUAUUGCUCUGAGUCUUUGGAGUGGGCUAGCGCCGGAGGAACCGAAGAGAUCUGGGAUGCAUUGGGAAGAAAAACAGCCCGUGGAAUUUUGCUCUGCGUUACUUCAGCUAUCAGCCCUGUAUUUCCGCGCAGAGAGACAGGGAGGGAGCUCGAGACUUCGGACUACCCUCGGGCAGUUGAUUGCUGAUGGAAGGGGCGGAGUUAUUUACGCACAGGAGGAGAUAAGCGGCCAAUCGGAAGGCGCCAUGGGUACCGCUGCUACAGACAGGCGAGCACCAGGACCAGUAGGCAUCGGGAGGAGGAGCUUCGCCAAGGGGACUCGCGGCCAACGCCGGUAGCUCGUGUCAUUCCCGGUUGGGUAACGCGGCGGCAGCUGCAGAGGUGGACGUUCGUGGCGGCAAGGGCAGGUUUGUUUACAAAAGCUGUGCCUGUGAAAUGAGACCAUGACAACUGAUGAAGCUACAAAGAAGGAAGGAGAGGUCCAGACAGCAACUCUUGUUGAACAAGGCGAGGAUAUCACACCAAACAAAGAUAGAGGCGUUCUGAAGAUUGUGAAGAGGACAGGGAAUAAGGAUGAAUCUCCUAUGAUUGGAGACAAAGUUUAUGUCCACUACAAAGGAAAGCUGGCCAAUGGAAAAAAGUUUGAUUCCAGCCGUGACAGGAAUGAGCCAUUUAUCUUCAGCCUGGGCAAAGGUCAGGUCAUCAAAGCAUGGGAUAUUGGAGUUGCCACCAUGAAAAAAGGGGAGAUCUGCCAUUUGCUAUGUAAACCAGAAUAUGCAUAUGGUUCUGCUGGCAGUGUCCCAAAGAUCCCCUCAAAUGCAACACUCUUUUUUGAGAUCGAGCUGCUUGAUUUCAAAGGGGAGGAUUUAUUUGAGAAUGGAGGCAUUAUCCGCAGAAUUAAACAGAAGGGUGAAGGAUACUCCAACCCCAAUGAAGGAGCAGCUGUACAAAUCCACCUAAAAGGAUUCUGUGAUGGCCGAAUGUUUGAUUGCAGAGAUGUAGCAUUCACUGUUGGAGAAGGAGAAGACCAUGACAUACCAAUUGGAAUUGACAAAGCUCUAGAGAAGAUGCAAAGAGGAGAACAUUGUAUCCUGCAUAUCGGAGCACAGUAUGGGUUUGGUAAAGCAGGGAAGCGUAUAUUUGGCAUAGGGCCAAAUGCUGAACUUGUAUAUGAAAUUACACUGAAAAGCUUUGAAAAGGCCAAAGAAUCCUGGGAGAUGGACACCAAAGAGAAACUGGAACAGGCAGCCAUUGUCAAAGAGAAAGGGACUAUAUACUUCAAGGAAGGCAAGUAUCUGCAGGCAGUGAUUCAGUAUGGGAAGAUUGUAUCCUGGUUAGAAAUGGAAUAUGGCUUAUCAGAAAGGGAAUCUAAAGCUUCAGAAGCCUUGUUGUUGGCAGCUUUCCUCAACCUCGCCAUGUGCUACUUGAAAUUGCGGGAGUAUACUAAAGUUAUUGAGUAUUGCAAUAAGGCAUUAGCGCUGGACCAGUCCAAUGAAAAGGGCUUGUACAGAAGAGGUGAAGCGCGGCUACUCAUGAAUGAAUUUGAACUGGCAAAAAGCGACUUUCAGAGAGUGCUAGAAGUGAAUCCACAAAACAAGGCAGCCAAGUCACAAAUUACUGUAUGUCAGAAGAAAACAAAGGAGCACAAUGAGCGUGACCGAAAGAUAUAUGCCAACAUGUUCAAGAAAUUUGCAGAGAGAGAUGCAAAGGAGGAGGCCAAUAAAAUCACAGGAGAGAAGGAAGAAAAGUCAUCUUCUGAAAGUGAGCUUAAGAAGACAGUGACUGAAGACAAAGAAUUAGAGGAACAUGUAUGACUGUGUAGCAGAAAAACAAUCCCUCUGAAUUCAGCCUUCACUCAAACAGGUUUCUGAGGAACUCAGAUUUCAACAGUGUUUAUUGUAAAGCUUGUUACCCUAGGCAUUAUUGUGGAAGCAAAAAAGCCUAUCCAGCAGCUUCACUGGAAACUCCCAAAUCUUUGAUUGUCACUGCUUAUGAGCCUGCUCAGCAGUGAAACAUGAAUAGAGGGCAGUAAGGGACCACUCCAAGUGGAGCAAAUGGUUUAAAAACAUACAUAAUGGUUCUUGACCCUAGAAGAUUUUUACCCAGAUGGCUCAAAUAGAACUCAUUUCAGUUUGUAUCUGCUGCAAAGGCAGUGACCACAGUUUAUAAAAUGAAUUAGAUUAUAGAAGCUGUCAGCUGUAUAAUUUUGGCAUUGCAUUUGGUUGUACUGUAGUAGCACCACAUGGGUAUAUGUCGUCUGUCUUUAAAAAAAACAAAAAAGACCUAAGUGCUACCAACUCAAAACAUUAUUCUAGCACUACUAGAACUAAGUGGAAAGCAGUUUUGUGUACUCUAAGCAAGACUCCUGUAUUUCUGAUAGGUCUCUGUAGCACAAACUGGUUUCUCGGGGAGCUGAGUUAUCUAAAUCACAUUACUAUUUAUAACUGCUUGCUUGCUGGGAAGACCCCUGACUCAGUGAUGACUGAACACAGCGGAAGUGUGCGCAGCAGCUUCUGUCUGUGCAUGAGCAUCUUCCCCACCUCCAGUGGCCAAAAAGCAUUAUCGCCACCUAAUAGCACUGAUAAGUCAUUGCAGGAAGGAGGAAGGAGCACUAGGGCUGAGGUGGAUGCCCUCCUCUUCUCACCACCCUGCUAAACAUCUUCUGGGUGAGGGCAUGCGUACCCUCACGUACAGAAGCCUGAUUGCUUUUAUAUAUUUUUCUUGCUAAGUUGAGAUAAGCAGAGUCAGUGAUGGACUUGGAUUAUGCACUUAGUCCUUUCUAAAUACUUUAUAGAUAUCUUUCCUGAAAUUAUAGUACAGGGAGUAACCAGGACAUUAUUAAUUAUGCAAUUUUGAAUUUUACCACCACAUUAAAAACACUUUAAGAAACUAUGUUUUAGCUUGGUUUUAAGUGUUCUAGUUCAUUAUAGGAUUACUAACUCAAAUUCUUUAUGGAUCUCCCCCUGCCAGAAAACUGCUGCCUUCAUGGCCAACUUGUUUUUAUCCCCUUUAAUAAAGAAAAGGGGCCUUUAACAUUUGUUUUAAAGAUGUUUAAAAACAUUGGACUUUCACUGCAGAUGUUAUGCCAAUCUACUUUAUAUCUCAAACCCUAUAACAUCACUGAAAUAUAUUGUGUAGCACAGGAUAGUUCUAUUUGUAUCACAUUGAAGUUGCAACAAACAUGUCCCACUGAUUUUAGGCAGAUGUAUGUGAUUAAUUUUCUCUGGGUUCAGGUCGGUAUGUUUCUUGACCUAUGAAAGAACACAAAUACAUUUGUACAGAUACAGCUUUAGUUCCAUUAGAGCCUAGGGCAUUUUGCUUUCCUGUAUUUCCGAUGGGCAUCACUGCUAUAUUAUUAAACGAUCUUAAUUUUUUACUCUGAUUUUCUAUGAAGAAUUAACAAAUAACUAUGCUCUUAUCCUGUUGGUUUUCUUCCCUGUUAAAAUGCUUUUUUGCUUGAAAGGAAGUUCUUUCUCUUUGUGUCCCCUUCCUACUCCUCUUUUUGGCUAUGUUUGAUCAAAACAAGCAGAGAAGAGCUAAAAGUUUAUUCAUAAUGAAUUCAAGCCAAAGCUCAGGUACGGUAUUGCUCCAUUUGUCCUGAUAACAUGGAGAUAUCCCAAAACAGUUAUUUGACUAAAAAAUAAGUAGCUGUAAAAAGAUAUUUUGAUUAUGGGGUUCUACUUUUAAAGGACGAGUUGUAGUUCCUCACUAGUUAUUCUGUUCACUUUCAGGAUGAUUGAAGUUCAAACCCGGUCUUCAGACUGUUGUACAUUUUUUUAUACAAAGAAACAGUUGAGCACUUUUCUUAUAUCCAGAAAGCUGUUCAGGGUUGUAUGAAAUUAAUAAAAUUAUGCUACACAAGCACUGAACACCAAUUUGAUCAUAUGACAGAAUUCUCAUUCUGCUACAUAGCCAACUGUGCUGUACUUCAUACCAAUUCAGAGACUUAAAUAUUACUUUCAUGAGCCUAAUUGACAUAAUGGCAAGACAUUGAGAUACGCUAUGUAAGUCAUUAUUUUCAUUUUGCUCUUCAAAUUACUAACAGCAUAAAAUGUUAAACUCACCCAAAAUAAACUAUAGGGAAGGUGACAUGGGUCCUUGAGUUCCAUCUUUCACAGAUGGCAAAAGGAUGGCAUACCUCAUAUUGCAAUAUUAGAACCCUGACAGCAAUUGAAAGUAGAAUUCAGCAGAAGCACUAAUAUUUUCUGUAUAUUUAUUCAGCCUUCUUAUUUGUUUGAAAGAAUGUGAAUGUCACAUUGUGCAUCUUGUAAAUGAAUAUCAUUUUAUGUUAAUCUUGUUAAGACACGGGAUUGUCAGAAGUCUCUCAGUAUGAUUUUUCCAAUGACAAUGGUUGUAAUGCUAGCUAGGGUUUCAAUUUCAUCAUGACUAUACACUGGGUGUUAACUGCAAUCAAUUUCAUCUGAGGUAGGCAAAGCUUUGGAGUAUGAAGGUCUCUCCCCCGUGGGAGAGCAGUAGUGUAUGUUGUUCUGUUGCUGUACUUCAGAGAGUAUGUGGUAUCCAAAAUACGUUCCAAGUCUUGUAGGUAACCAGUUAGUUCUAAAAUGCAUUUUGAAUUUUCUGCUCUCCUGAAAAUUAUGUUUGGGACAAAGCCAUUUAGCCUGCUCAUCUAUGCCAGUACUCAACAUAACUAUUAUCUCAAUUAAUCUGACAUCUUAUAUUUCUGUGAUGCGGUGAGCAUUCCAUAUUUUCAUCAAGCAAUCCUUGUCAUGACUCAACUAAUUGGUCUUUUUCUACCCAUAUCAUUGCUCAGUUACUUUAAUUUUCCAUCAAGUUGUUAAGUAAUGAUAGAACAUCCAUAGAAGGGUGUCUGACAGUUUAGUGUUGUUCGGUUGCUGUGGUUUGGAAAUUUACCUCUACAGGUGGCUGUUUAAGCAACUUCCUGUUUUGAAAUCUUAUAGGUCUGUAGCCUGUUUUUGGCUGUAUGUCUCUUCAAAUAUCAAGGUAACUACAUCUACCUCAGUAAUAACUGGCUUAUAUUUUAUUCUUGAAUAUAGCUAUUUGAUGUCCAAUUCCAGGGGUGGGCAACUUUGAGGGAGGUAAUUUUCUCAUGCAGCCCCAUGGCCCACACUCCUACUGUGCCGCCAAAUGUAGCAGUGCAGAGGCAAAAACAAACAAUGUGUUUGUGUUUGUCCUCAGUGUUUCAGGGGCAAAUAGAAGGUAAAAUGGACACAUUUGUCUUGUUUUCAGGCUCCAUUUGUCUGUUUCAGCUUUCCAUAGCAGUUAGCCAUUGAAAUCCAACCCCAGACUACCUUACUUUCCGUCACUGAAUUUCACUGGCACAGCAACAUUGGCAGAGACCACAGGGGCUGCGGUGGUUCACAGGUUAUUACCCACCUGUUUUAAGUUAGAUGUCCCUUCUCUGAAACUGUUUCAUGAUAAUCAGAACUUGUGUUACAAUUGUCCCAAAGUGUUUGUGCUAACACAAUGUUAUGGUACCUGGAUUAAACUUCAUUUAAGGAUACUCUUGUAAGAGUAAAAUGAAAUAUUGACACUCAACCUCUUGACCCCUCUUUGACAUGUAACUCAAGCAUGGAAGUGGUAAAUCUCAAUUUCUCAAAAAGAAAGGAUCACACAUUCCUCUGUCAUUGACUGCUGAAUGCUUCAUUCUGGUAGGUGCUAAUUAUUAAAUACUACCCAGGAGGUGCUGCAUCCAAUUGACAAAAAGCUUGAUUGAGUGCCAGUUGAGAACAGAGAAGCAGAAUCAGCAGCAGACCACAUGCUGAACUGUCUUCUCAAUGUGCCAAAACUUUGUUGAUGCAACACUGCCUUUUUUACUUAGUUUGCUCCCUUCCUAGCUCUUGCAGAUUGUGCCUGGAUGGGGUGCCUUUCCUACUAUUCAUGGAUUAUAAGAAAUUCAAAUCUAUGGUGCCUUCACCAGAAUAAGACUGGCCCACAACAAUAUCCCAUUAUUGAAUGGAUCAGCAUGCUAUUUGAUGUACUUUGCUUCAUAUUACCUCUCAGCGAGCCAAGAUUUUGCAUUUCAUGCAGGGUCUAUUUUUUAGCUAGAAUAUCUGCUAGGUGCCUUAAGAACUCAGUACCUGAAAGAGCAGAAAAGCUGUCUUUUCAAUUAAUGAAAGGAGUAUUACAGAUCAAUCAUUUGAAAUUCUUUCCUCUGUAGAAAAAUUAAAUAAGACAGAUGCCUAGAAAUGGCAAUCACUCUCCUUGUUCUUGGUUGGUAAUUGGAAUGUGUAGCAUAGAGGCAGGCUGUUAGGAGAAGUCCCACGACACAAGGAGAGUUGCAAGGGACAGACUUACUCUCUUGGCUACUUUCUGUAUUUCCAUAUCUCAAAUAUUUGGAAUGGGGAAAACCAUGUCAAUAGACAGGAGGGUUUUAAAAAUGGAAUCAUGGCAGAUAGGUCUAUUAGCUAGAGUAACUAUAUGGACCAUUGAUGUCCAACACCUUUGAUGCGUUGUCCCCAGGCCCUUGGGAGAAAUGACAGAGAAAAGACAUUGCCACCAUGCCCUACUUUUGAGUUACUCCUUUGAAGCAUCUACCUGGUCAUCUGUUGGGAAACAGAAUGCUGGGAUGAAUAAAUUUAUUUUCAUUUAAUUCAUCAAGACAAUGUUCAUAUUUUAUGAACUGAAGACUGUUCAGAAUUUAGCUUUGCCUUGCAUAUAUAGCCUUGAUGCACUCCCCACUUGAAGAUUCUGUAUCUGCUGCAAUGCUCACAUGGAGAGUUUCUUGUGUUUGGGCAGAGCCUGCUCUGUAGAAGAGAACUGUGAUGCCCAUUCCCAGAACAGUUGUUCAUUGGAGGAUUUUUCACCAGCAUAUAAUAGCUAGACAUUAAUGCUCAGUGAGCAACAGCACUCUGAAAGAUGUAAAAACGCAGUUUGUACAACAAUGCUUACAUUUUCCCAAUACAGGUUUAAUGUGAGGGUUGGAGCAAACACAUAAAGCAGUCAUUUGAAAUCAGGACGGGUGCCUAUCCUCUCCUGUGCUCACAACACCAGCAACAGGAGCUGAAGAGAAAUGGGUGCAGGGGAUAGAUGGAGUCACUCAUGGGCAACCUCUAUAAUAUAGCUCUUCCAUUGCACAAAGAGCUGUGAUACUGAUGUACUCUCUCUCCUCAGUUUUAAAGGACUGUCAACUCUUUAGUAUUAAGAAGGAGGGCUACACAACCGACCCACAUAGCACUCUGAGCUAAGUAUAGCACAUCACUUCGAAAGUUAUGUGCAUGGUGUUGUUGCAGGAACAAUUGUUACUUGCCCCAUAUGAACAGACAAACAGCAAAAUUCAAAGCUGGUCUUUAAAAUGUAUGUGUUAUGUUAUGUUGCUUUUUGUUGCUCCCAUAUCUAGUGGUAAGCCAGGAUAUCUGGAUUUGUGGCAGCAUCCCGACAUGAUGUUUAGUACUACUAAUGAUUUACCUCACUUUAAAUUUUCUAAGGCCACAAAGGAACUCAGUGGGCAUUUCUUCAAUGGGACACAGUAGUUUUCAACAGCUACAGAAAUGUAGCUGUUAAUGUGCUACCUUUUCAUGCACUUUUUGUAGCCCGCAUGCUUAUCUCCCUGUCAGGGAAAAAUAGUGUAAUGUAGCCUUGAAAGGGAGAAGGGACUGAGGCAUUUUAUGACCAUUAAUGGAAGAAGAAAAUAGGGCAGGCUGUCUACCUCAUGGCUGGAGAUGCUGCACCAUGCUUCUCUGUGGUGCUGGUUGUAGGAAGGGAAGAGACUUGUUCCAGUGAUGCAAGGGCAAUGCUACCAAAUAUUUUCUUAGGAGCUGCUUUUAGCCUAGCUCAAUGCUUAAGGGAGAUGAGGUGGGAUAUUAUUCUGAAAUGUUCUCAGCUCCUGCUGCUCAUGCUACAGAAGCCUAAAUGAUGGUUAAAAGGUGGCUGUCCAUUCACAAUCCCACCAAAGCCCCACCUCUUCAUUCAAAAUUUUCCUAAAAUGGCAGGUUUUUCUGAGCCUAUUUAUUUUUCACCUGAUUGGCUCUGAGGUAUUGCUACUCAGGCAGGCAUUGAAACGCUCUCUCUUCCAUGCUGCUGGAGGCAAAGCAUGUCUAAAGCUGCAGGUGAUACCCCUUUCCUCCUUUCAGUAAUGAAAUAAAAAAGCAUAGCUGGAGCCUUCAGUCUGUGGAAAGGUGAAAUUGCGCAUUUUGAAAGUGAAGGCACAUAACCUUUUAAAGGAGGAAGGCAGUGAGGAUAUAGUACUUUCACUAUAUGCAGUACACAUACAUUUUUACUUCUGGAUCAAUCUCUAAAGCAUAUUCUGUAAGUCUGCAGUGUUGUUUGAUUUGAAGCAAGCAGAAGUCAGCUACAGGCCAUGCUGACCGCCUCAUGGCAGUAGCAUUGUCCAUGUGCAUGCAAGCACAUGCACAUAGACAUGCACACCAAUUCCCAGAACAAUGCUGCAUCUCAUUAAAUGUUUGCAUUUUGAUAAAGUGAGGAGAAAUGAUGACAUGUGUGCUUUAGAAAACUGGGCACUCGCUCCCAAUGAAGAACCCGUUACAGCUGUUCUUUGAAUACCACAUCUGCCUUCACUCUGUGAAGCUCCUUUCCUUAUAUAUGCUUCAAGCAAUCUUUGGAAUCUGAUCUUUGAAAUCAUGCCCAGCUGCAAACACAUUGUAGAAUAGCCAGAAACUGGAAGUCAUGCGGGGGGGGGGGGGGGGGGGACCCUACCUGGUUCUUACUUUUAGCCAUCUUUACAUAUUUCUAUUUUACAAAGUCAAAAAGAGUUGAAAACAAUCUUUUCUGAUUGAACACCAGCCAGAAUGAAUGUGUGGAUGUAGGCGAUGUACAGCAGAAGCUGAAUUUCUUAAGUCGUUAUUACCAGUUCUAUUAUUUUGCGUCCAGAGCUAGGGUCUUGCUGUGUAAAGGAACUGUGUCGCCCUGCCCCACCAGAAUUUUAAGUGGCAAAGAGCAGCCUGGCAACUAAAGCAGUACCUCCUAUUGAAACAUAGCACAAAGGAAUGAUACAGCUCUAGUAUGACAUGACUGCACUGAGCAGAAAGUAAACUUCUUCAGAAAAUGAGAGCGGUUUUAAUUGAAUGGAAACAUUGAGUAGACAGGCUAGCUUGAUGCUACUUAAGAUGUUACACUGCUGGUGUGGUGCUGCGGAAGAUUAUUUCAAGGGUGUUCUAAUGAUCUAUAACCCUUGAAUGGCGAAACAUUCUCCAAACACCUGUGACAAUGACUUAGAGCACUUAUUGGUGUUGAGGGAACUGUUUUAACCCCUACUUGUGUUAAAACAUGAAACAAAAAUAAAAUCUGACUUUUUCCCCUGCA